CCAUUUGUUUGCGGAGGAAGAGCAGCGUGGAAUCGACUGUUGCGACUUGCGUUCUAAACGCGGCCUGGAAUUCGUUGACUCUUGCCAAAGAUAGAGCGGUGUGAGGACAAUGGUCUUUGCCGAGCGAAGUGAUAGGGUCCAAGACUGAGGCCUGUGAAUUGAGACCACUGGGCUCUGGGCUCUUAAAGGUUGUCCCGGCUCCAGACUACAUUUCCCAGUGUCCGCCGUAUCCGAGGCAAAGUUCUGUCCGCACACCGGCCCUUUCAGGACCAUAGCAGGGGUCGUGCGCGAGUCCCUGAGGAACAUCCACAGCUUGAGGGAACCGCAAAGUCGACUCUGCUUUCUCAAGACUGCUUCACUGGGAGAGGAAUCUAGAAGACUGAGCGACUCUUGGAAUUUUAAGUUAUGGCCCAUCAGUUGAUGAUGUUCAGGGAUGUAGCUGUAGACUUCUCUGAAGAGGAGUGGGAGUGCCUGGACUUGGAACAGAGAGCUCUGUACAGAGACGUGAUGUUGGAGAACUACAGCAACAUGAUCUCACUGGGACUUUGCCUUUAUCAGCCAGAUGUGUUCUCUUUACUGGAGAAGGGGAAAGAGCCCUGGAUGGUUUUGAAGGAUGAGACAAGAGGACCUUGCCCAGACAUGAAAUCCAGGUGUAAGACCAAGACAUCACCAAAAAAUGGCAUUUUUGACAGAGGAUUACCUCAGUGGGAAAUAAUGGAAAUUUGUAAAAAACAUAGCCUUGAAUGUUUAUGUUUUAAAGGUGAUUGGGAAAGCAAAGGUCAGUUUGAAACACAACAGGAAAACCAGGAAGAAGGUUUUAAGCAGAUUAUACUCACCUGUGAAAAAAUUCCCACAUUUAACCAGCACACAACUUUUAAUCUACUUCAGAGACUUAAUACAGUAAUGAAACUGAAUGAAUUUAAAGGGUGUAGGAAAGCAUUUUGUUCUGACGCAGACUGUAUUCAACAUCAGUUAAUUCACACUGGUGGAAAAUUUUGUGACGAUAAGGAAUGUGAGAAGACCUUUUUCCCUGAUUCAGAACUUACUCAAUAUCAGACAGGUUACACUGCUAAGAAAACAUAUGAAUGUAAAGAAUGUGGGAAGGCUUUUAGUUUGCGUUCAAGUCUUACUGGUCAUAGGAGAAUUCAUACUGGUGAAAAACCUUUUAAAUGUAAGGAAUGUGGGAAGGCCUUUAGAUUUCAUUCACAACUUAGUGUCCAUAAGCGUAUUCAUACUGGUGAGAAAUCUUAUGAAUGUAAGGAAUGUGGCAAGGCCUUUAGUUGUGGCUCAGACCUUACUCGACAUCAGAGAAUUCAUACUGGUGAAAAACCCUAUGAAUGUAAUGACUGUAAGAAGGCCUUUAGUCAGCGAUCACAUCUUACUAAACAUCAGAGAAUUCACACUGGUGAAAAACCUUAUGAAUGUAAGGAGUGUGGGAAAACUUUUACCCGUGCCUCACACCUAACUCAACAUCAGAGAAUUCAUACUGGUGAGAAAUCUCAUGAAUGUAAAGAAUGUGGAAAAGCCUUUAUUCGUGGUUCAAAUCUUGCUCAACAUCAGAAUGUUCAUGUUGGUAAGAAACCCUAUGAAUGUGAGAAAUGUGGGAAAGCCUAUGUCUGGAGUUCACACCUUGCUCGACAUCAGCGAAUUCAUACUGGUAAGAAACCUUUUGAAUGUAAGCAAUGUGGGAAGACUUUUAUAUGGGCCUCAUACCUUGCUCAACAUGAGAAAAUUCAUAAUGAAAGAAAACCGUAUGAAUGUAAGGAAUGUGGAAAGACCUUUAUUCAUGGUUCAGAGUUUAAUCGACAUCAGAAAAUUCAUACUGGUGAGAGAAACUAUGAAUGUAAGGAAUGUGGAAAGACCUUUUUUCGUGGUUCAGAACUUAAUCGACAUCAGAAAAUCCAUACUGGAAAGAGAGCAUAUGAAUGUGAAGAGUGUGGAAAAGCCUUUCUCUGGGGUUCACAACUUACACGACAUCAGAGAAUACAUACUGGUGAGGAACCUUACAUAUGUAAAGAAUGUGGGAAAUCUUUUAUCUGGGGUUCACAACUAACACGACAUAGGAAAAUUCAUACUGAUGCAGAACCCUAUAAAUGUAAGGAAAGUGGCCAGAUCUUUAGUCACCAUUCUUAUUUUGCUGAACAGCAAAUUCACAGUGGUGAGAAUCUUUAUCAAUGGAAAUAUUAUGGGAACACUAUUAGUCAUGACUCAUACUUUGCUCAACACCAGAGUAUUUACACUUUUGAUAAAUCCUAUGAACGUAAAGAUUUUGAGAGGGCAUUUUCUCCAGGCUCUCACUUUAUUUCACUCUUGUGAAAUCUUGUGAUAUAAGAAUGUAGGAAAAAUCUUUAUUCAUGACUUGUUAAUUGAUCUCAGUUAAUUCCUUCUUUUGAGAAAGCCCAUAGUGUAAAUAAUAUUGGAAGACCUUUUGACAGAGCACACAACACACUCAACAGCAAAGAAUUCCUAAUGCAAUCUAUAUUAAUGAAGGAAAGCUUUACUGAUUGGUUAUCAAAUAAAGUAUAUUGGGUAAAGUCCUACAAGUAAGGUGACUGUGUGAAUCAGUUCUGAAUCAUUCUCAAAAGAUUCUCCACAUCGUUGAUAUUAUGCUGCAUAGAACUGAAGUCUAACUCAUCUAGGGAAACUUUCCAUCAUUACUUAAAUCUUGUUGCACUUCCACAAAAUCACACCAAAGGUGAAUUUGUGUUUUGUAAUUAAUCUGGAAAAGCCUUAAGCUGUGUCAUACAACUUAUUUGGUAUGUCUUAGUUUCAGUACGUCUUACCUCCGAAUUUUUUGGAAAGUAACUUAAUUCUAUGUUUGCUUACUUAUUAGAUUGUAAGGGUUAAAUGAGUUUGAGGAUUUAAAUGACUUAAUGACCAUCAUUGAUAAUAGUAUUAGACCAUUUCUAUGAGAGGAAGACCUUAAGAGAUUAUAGACAAAUAUGCCAUCUGUAUGUAUGUCUUAUUGAACAACAGAAUGUUAAUUCUGAAGAAAAGCUGGUAAAAUCGAAUGAAGCAAAGAAAGCUUUGAUUCAGUAUUAAUUUCAUUUGCUAUAUAAAAAACUCAUACUAUAAAGAAAGCCUUAUGGUUUUCAUGAAAGUGGGGGUGUUGAGUGCUCAGCAUUUUUUAAGGCAUUUGGAAGGGAUUUGUUUCUAACAAAUUUCUAAAGCCAAAUGGCAUAAUCCAUUUUAUCACCACAAUUAAAUUUUGGAAAUUAGAAAAUAGCCAAAUGAAUUCUGACCUCUUGGAAGUUUAGUGCUACAUAUAUAAACAAUUCUCAGAUUAGUGAGUAAAUCAAAAGUGAAAUUACAGGCAAUUUGGAUGUGAAUGAUAAUGAGACUCCUAUAAAUCAAAUCCUAUGAAUGUUUCCAUAGCACUUCUCAGUGGAAAUUGCUCUGUGUAUAAAACCAAGAAGAUUGAAGGCAGUUUAUUUCUUGUCACCACUGUAUCUUCAGCU